AUGUACGAGGUGUCGUGCGUAGCUGGGAACAAAGUAGACGCGGCCUACGCAGUCAAGAGCCUCUCCAACGUGAUACAACCGGGCAUGGGGCACGCCGUGUCCGUGCAGCGCCAUCAUGCGCACUCUCAAUCGUACAAACACAAACCAGAACCGCCGCCGGUCAGCAAACCGGACGCGAUCAAGUCCCACGUCAUGAGACUCCUGAAACGGUCCAAGAGCCACACGCCGGCCACCAGGGCGGCGGAGAACCAGGCGGAUCCGCGCAUGUUCGAUCGCAGGACGGUCUUCUCGAAACCGGUGGCCGACGAGCAGAGGCGCAGGAGGAACUCGUCCGAGAGGCGACGGAGCGGCGAUAAACGCGUCAUGGUCACGAUCGUGGACGGUCUACCUGUCGUCGUCACCGGGCAGAAUCCACCGCAGCACCCACCGCCCGUGACGCACCACAGACACUCUCACAGAGAUAAGGUGAGUCUAUUUUUAGGCAGCGCCUCUGAAACACUUAGCUCUUGA